UUCUAGGAAGAGGCGGAGCGAAAGGGGGCGCGUCAAGUCCCUCCUGGCGCCGCGAAGCCUCAGCUCGCGAGAUUUCGCAGGUUCCGCAUUUCGGGUCUGUGAGGUGGGGUUGGCGGGCGAGGCGGGCGUCGAGGUUUGCAAGGGCUCGCGGCGGCCAGAACUCCGGCUCCGAGCGGCGGCGGCCCGGCUUCCGCUGCCCUUGAGCUAAGGACUGUCCGCUCCUUCUCGCCGGCUCCGAAUCCUGACCUGGGCGGGGGCCGGCGGCCCCUUGCCUCUCCUCUGAGGACCGGAGAUGAGCUUCCUCUUCAGCAGCCGCUCUUCUAAAACAUUCAAACCAAAGAAGAAUAUCCCUGAAGGAUCUCAUCAGUAUGAACUCUUAAAACAUGCAGAAGCAACUUUAGGAAGUGGGAAUCUCAGACAAGCUGUUAUGUUGCCUGAGGGAGAGGAUCUCAAUGAAUGGAUUGCUGUAAACACUGUGGAUUUCUUUAACCAGAUCAACAUGUUAUAUGGAACUAUUACAGAAUUCUGCACUGAAACAAGCUGUCCAGUCAUGUCUGCAGGUCCAAGAUAUGAAUAUCAUUGGGCAGAUGGUACUAAUAUUAAAAAGCCAAUCAAAUGUUCUGCACCAAAAUACAUUGACUAUUUGAUGACUUGGGUUCAGGAUCAGCUUGAUGAUGAAACUCUUUUUCCUUCUAAGAUUGGUGUCCCGUUUCCCAAAAACUUUAUGUCUGUGGCAAAGACUAUUCUAAAGCGCCUGUUCAGGGUUUAUGCCCAUAUUUAUCACCAGCACUUUGAUUCUGUGAUGCAGCUGCAGGAGGAGGCCCACCUCAACACCUCCUUUAAGCACUUUAUUUUCUUUGUUCAGGAGUUUAAUCUGAUUGAUAGGCGUGAGCUGGCACCUCUUCAAGAAUUAAUAGAGAAACUUGGAUCAAAAGACAGAUAAAUGUUUCUUUUAGAACACAGUUACCCUCUUGCUUCAUCUAUUGCUAGAACUAUUUCAUUGCUAUCUGUUACAGACUAGUGAGACAAACAUUAACAGGAUAAAAAGAUACCCAUUGUCUGUGUCUACUGAUAAAAUUAUCCCAAAGGUAGGUUGGCGUGAUAGUUUCCAAGUAAGACCUUAAGGACACAGCCAGAUCAUAAGUACUGUGAUAGCAACCAAGUAUGACUCCUAUUAUUAUCACAGAGUCAUACCUGGUUGUAAUAUGUGAUGAUUAACCUGUAGUUUAUAAGUUUACUUAUUAUUCUUUUACUCAUUUUACUGUCAUUUCUUUACAAGAAAAUGAUUGAAUCUAUUUUAAGUGACAGCAUAAUGGACAUUAAGCAUUUCCAUCAAUAAUUUAUGAAUAAGUUUCUAGAACAAAUUUCCUAAUAACACAAUCAGAUUGGUUUUAUUCUUUUAUUUUACAAAUAAAAAAUGUAUUUUUAAGUAUCCUUGAGAUUUAGAACAUGUGUGUCACUUCAGAUAACAUUUUAGUUUCAAGUUUGUAUGGUAGUGUUUUUAUAGAUAAGAUACGUAUAUUUUUUCAAAAUUCAUGAUUGCAGUUUAAAUCAUCAUAUGGCAUGUGUGGGUGGGAGCAACCAAAGUUAUUUUUACAGGGACUUUAUUUUUUGAUCUUAUUUGGAAUUGUUUUCACAUCUGUCUAAAUUAUUAGGAGUGUGUAUAUCAGAAGUAAUUUUUUUAUGUCUUCUAAGGAUGGUCUUCCAGGCUUGUAGUCUGAAAAGCUUCAUUCAAAUAGUAGCUUUUGGCUGAGAAAAGGAAUCCAAAAUAUUAUAACAAAUUUAGAUCUCAAAACCACUAUUUUUAUUAUAUCAUUAUUUUUUAGAGGCCUUGAAAUUCUGAAUAAGAGAAUGGAGGAAAAUACUCCGAGUACUUGAUUAUUUUAUUUCCUUUUAUUAAAAAAAUUACUUCUAUGUUUUUAUUGUGUCUUGAGCCUUAGUGAAGAAUAGUGUAGAAAUGCAUGAACUUUAUUCUAAUGAGGAUAAACCUUAAGGAAAACCACAAUAAACCGUGAAGGUGUACACAUCUUACAACACAG